AUGGUUGCUAAAGAAUUAGAUUAUAUCAGAUCCAAAGAAGGUGCUGCUGAUGGUGAGAAAGAUGGUGGAGUUUACAUCGAUGCUUUCGAUGCUCAAGACUCUAAACCAAAAUUAACUGGAUGGUCUAAAUUUAUUGAUGAUUUCAAAAAAGUCGAUGAUGAUGAAUUAGGUUUAGAUCCUAAUUUGACUGAAACUGAAAAAUUAGCUAUUAAAACUGCUAAUGCUCCAUUAAAUAGAAGAUUAAAAUCUAGACAUUUACAGAUGAUUGCUAUUGGAGGAUCAAUUGGUACUGGUUUAUUCGUUGGUUCCGGUGGUGCUUUAAGAAAUGGUGGUCCAGCUGGGGUUUUAAUUGCUUAUGCUUUAAUCGGGGUUAUGAUGUAUUGUACCGUUCAAUCUUUAGGGGAAUUAGCUAUUACUUUCCCAGUUUCUGGUGCUUUCGUUACUUAUAAUUCAAGAUUCGUUGAUCCAUCUUGGGGUUUCGCUAUGGCUUGGAAUUAUGCUAUGCAAUGGUUGGUUGUUUUCCCAUUAGAAUUGGUGGCUGCAGCUAUUGUUGUUCAAUAUUGGAAUGAUGAAAUUAAUUCAGCCGCAUUUGUGGCUAUCUUCUGGGUAGUUAUUGUAGCUAUUAAUUUCUUCGGUGUUAAAGGUUAUGGUGAAGCCGAAUUUGCUUUUUCUGCCGUUAAAGUUAUUGCCGUUAUUGGUUUCAUCUUUUUAGGUAUUAUUUUAGCUGCCGGUGGUGGUCCAAACAAAGAAUAUAUUGGUGGUAGAUACUGGGCUAACCCAGGUGCCUUCUCAAACGGUGCUAAAGGGGUUUGUGUCAAUUUCGUUUCUGCUGCUUUCGCUUUUGCUGGUACCGAAUUAGUUGGUUUAGCUGCUGCUGAAACUAAAAACCCAAGAGUUUCUUUACCAUCUGCUACUAAGCAAGUUUUCUGGAGAAUUACUUUAUUCUACAUUAUUUCUUUAUGUUUAGUUGGUUUAUUAGUUCCUUACAAUGAACAAAGAAUUGAAGAUGCUAAAUCAUCUUAUGAUGCUGCUGCUUCUCCUUUCGUUAUUGCUAUCGAAGAUGCUGGUAUCAAAGGUUUACCAUCAGUUAUGAAUGCUGUUAUUUUAAUUUCCGUCUUAUCUGUUGGUAACUCUUCAGUUUAUGCUUCUUCAAGAACUUUAGCUGCUUUGGCUGCUUCUGGUCAAGCUCCAAAAUUCUUAGGUUACAUUGAUAAAACCGGUAGACCAUUAUUAGCUAUUAUCGUUCAAUCUGUUUUCGGUUUGAUUUGUUUCAUUACUGCUUCCGACAAAUCAGGUGAAGUUUUCUCAUGGUUAUUAGCUUUAUCAGGUUUAUCAUCCAUUUUCACCUGGGGUUCAAUCAAUUUAUGUCUUAUUAGAUUCAGAAGAGCUUUAUAUGUCCAAGGUAGAUCCACUGAUGAAAUUGCCUUCACUUCUCAAGUUGGGGUUUAUGGUGCUUACUUUGGUAUGACUUUGAACAUUGUUGUUGUUUGUUUACAAUUCUGGGUUGCUUUAUACCCUCUUGGUGGUAAACCAAAUGCUAGUGAUUUCUUCAACGCUUAUUUAGCUGUUCCUGUCAUCAUCCUCUUCUACUUCGGUCACAAGAUCUGGACCAAAAAUUGGAAGAUUUACAUCAGAGCCAAAGAUAUUGAUAUCGACACUGGUAGAAGGGAAUUAGAUUUAGAUGUCUUGAAACAAGAAAUUGCUGAAGAAAAAGCUUACUUAGCCAGUAAACCUUUCUACUAUAGAUUAUAUAAUUUCUUCUGUUAA